AUGACUCACAUAUCUCGUGAUUCUUCUUAUUAUAAAGAUGAUGAACGAAUAGGUUAUUACGAUCAAAUAUCUCCGGAAUAUCAAUUUGAAAAGCCAGCAAUCGAUCGAUUAUUAGAUUAUAUUUCAAAUCAAGAAUCACAAAAACCAGCUAUUGAUAUAUUAAUUCAAGAAUAUUUAGAAAGAAUUGGUAGUCCAUUAACAUAUCAAUCAACACAGAUAGCACCAUUAAUGGAUAUAACUUUGGAAAAUGAUAAUGAUAAUAAAAAUACAUGUACUCAACAAACUCAAACACCAACUCGAGGAAUACAAUAUUAUCAAUCAACUUAUCCAACACCAUUAACUUCAAGUAAUGAUAUAAUGUAUGAUUCAAAUCAUGAUUAUCGAAAUACGGCAUCAACACCUUUACUUCCACCAUUAUCAGCUCGAUCUUAUCGUUCAUCAUCAAUAGUAACGGAUGGAGUAGGAAGUACGCCAUCAAUUCAUAUUUCUACUUCAUCAAAUCAAGAAACUUCUAUUGUUGAUCGCUUUACAAAAGUUACCAAUAGUCAAGAGAAUCGUUUAAAACGUGCAGCUGCUGAAGAACGUCGACAUUUUGGAAAAGUUCAACCAGGUUUGAUUUGGACAGCACCAUUACCAGUUCGACCACGAAUAUUUUCUAUUCGACCACCAGCAUUAUCUUGCAAGAUAUUUCUUGGUGGUAUUCCACAUGAUCUUAAUCCAAGAGAUUUACAAGAACGUUUGGAAAACUUUGGUUCAGUUCGACUUGAAUGGCCUAACAAAGAUAAUGUACCAAUGCAUAAACAUUUAUCAAAUCAUAUUACAGUUGGUUUUGUUUAUGCUGUAUAUGAAAAUGAAGAAUCUGUUCAUAAGAUAUUACAUACAUGUUCAACAAAAACUGAUCGAACAUUAGAUGAUGGACGAUGUGAAUAUUAUCUUGAUGUAUACAGUCAACGUGCGAAUUCAAGAAGAAAAAGUAUCCAAAUUAUUCCAUGGUUUGUGGAAGAUUCUCAAUGGAUAGCUGAAGGUGAUUAUACAUCAAAUGGUUAUGGUAAUUGGGAACAACGACUUAAUUCAACUGAAUGUAUCAAUCGAACAGUAUUUGUUGGUGCUUUACAUGGAAUGAUGACAGCAUAUGCAUUAGCUCGUAUAUGUCACGAAUUAUUUGGUGAUGUUGAAUAUGCAGCUAUUGAUACUGAUAGAAAUAAAUAUCCGAUUGGUUCUGGUCGUGUAGUUUUCGUCAAUGCACAUAGUUAUUAUGCAGCUGUCACAGCUAAUUAUUUAAUGAUUGAAUGUGAUAAAUUUUGUAAAGUGAUUCAAAUUGAUCCAUAUGUAUCUGAUAAUGUACCAUGUACAGGUAAUAAUGGACAAUGGUGUUCAAAUAUGGGACAAUAUUUUUGUCGUUCACUUAAAUGUAUGAAAUAUUAUUGUGCAACAUGUUGGGAUUUGAAUUCUAAUCAUCUCACAACACAAACAAAUGAAUGUGAACCACCAGCAAUGGUUCAUAAACCAUUAAUGCGUAAUGCUCGAACAGCAUGA